GCCAAGUGCCAUUACCACGUUGAUGAAAGGCGGUAGCAGAGAGUGCGUGAUUAGUAUUAGUUCCAUUAAUCAAGAUCAAGGUAUCCAAGGACAAUAAUAAUAAAGUACCGGCGAUUUUACAAUAAUUAUUAAGAUGUCUCGUUCCAUUGGAGUAUUAUUAUUGUUCUGUUUUGGUAUAAUUGCCUUUUCUAAUGCGGCUAUUGCGAAAAAAACUUCCUCUGUUGAUCAAUUUACCGAAGACAACUGGAGUCUCAUGCUAACUGGAGAAUGGAUGGUAGAAUUCUACGCUCCUUGGUGUCCAGCGUGCAAAGAAAUGGAGCCCACAUGGUCGUACUUGGGUGACAUGAAAAAGAGUCUGGGUAUAAACGUGGGCAAAGUCGAUGUCACUGACUCUCCUGGGUUAAGCGGUAGAUUUAUGGUUACUGCGCUUCCUACAAUUUAUCAUGUAAAAGACGGUGAAUUCCGUCAGUACAAGAGUCCAAGAGACCGUGAAUCGCUUGUUGAUUUCAUAAGGUCAAAAACAUGGAUGAAAGUUGAACCCGUAUCAAGCUGGAAGAGCCCAACGUCUAUUCAAAUGACUCUUAUGAGUAAAUUCUUCAAAUUAUCUCAAGUUUUGCGGGCUAUCCAUAAUCAAUUGAUGGACGAUUACGGAUUACCAACAUGGGGAAGUUACUUUAUUUUUGCUGUCGCCACUAUCAUCAUGGGAGCUCUUUUAGGAUUGGUGAUCGUAUGCGUUAUCGACUUCUUCUCUCCCCCUAAGCACGCCAAGGCAGUUGUUAACAAGAAGCGCAAAGAUUCGAGUGAAUCGUCCCAGGAUAAAGCAUCUGAUGAAGACGAACUGGAUGAAAACAUAAAAGAUGAUUUAGUUGAUGAGGAGGCCAGUGAUUCAGAGAAGCAAAGCAGUAAAAAGAGCUCUGCUGCAAAUAGUCCUAAUGCGCGUAAACGUAAAACACGUAAAGCUGACUGAUUAUAUUCACUAUUUUUAUCUUAACUUUACGUUUAUACAUUCGCAAUUGUAUUAACGGUUGUUUUAAUUAACUACUGACUGAUUUAAACACAUCAAAUAAUGGCAUUUUGAUCAUCGAGAUCAUAUUUUUAUUUUUUCAUUAAUGUUGCAUUAAUUAAUAAUUGAUUUUUCUAAUUAUUUAUCUUGCAAUUUUUAAUAGUUACUUUAAUUUAGUUGAAUAAUUAAUUUUUUAAAUAUUUGAGUAUUUUCAAUCACAUUAAAGCAGUUUACAAUUACAUUAAACAAAUAAUUAUUUUCAUCAGCAUUUAAUUUCAACGCUAUUAUCCAAAUGAUCUUUAUAAUAUUCAUUUUAAAAAAUUUGUAUAAAAAAGAUUUUAAUAAAUAAAAACAAAAAUUAA